AUGUCGUGUAUUUCCUUUUCUCAGUUUCUUCCACUUCCCAGGUGCCAUUUGAGUUGGUCUCAUUGCUAUGCAUCUUUAAAAGUAGUGCAACUUGGGGAACUUAGGGUUCAGUGUAAACCUGGUUAUGUGGCAAUGGCUAGGAAGAAAGCUUCACUAGGCUCUGUUGAAGAAGAACCUAGUGAAAACGAACCUGUGGUUGAAAAGAAGGUAACUAAGGCAUCUAAAGCAAAGAAGGUGACUGCAAAGAAGGUGACGGCAAAGACGAAGAAAAAACCAAUAGCUGAGUCUCCUGAAGAGACAAUUGAUUUGUUGGUAAGUGAAGGUAAUGGUUCUAGUGAAGAAGGUUUAUCUGCUUCUAGUGAUGGUUCCAAGAAGAAAACUCGAAAGAGUAAGAAAAAAGCUGCAUCUAGUUCUGCUGGUUUGGAAGAAGAGAAGGAAGUUAAGGAAAAGAAAAAGGUUACGAAACGGAGGAAACCUAAAGAGGAGAAUGUGAUAUUAGCUGAUAAAGACGUUGUUGCUGAAGGUGAAAUUAGUGACCAAGAUGAGCCUUCCUUUAUUGAAAUUAAGGAUGAUGAGAUCGACGAUGGUUUGGAUCUGAUUAAAGAUGAUGGAGAGGACAUUAGCUAUACGUACGGUUGGCCUCCUCUUGUUUGUUGCUUUGGAGCUGUGCAACAUGCUUUUGUUCCUUCGGUUAGGCCUGCCAAUAGGCUUAUAAACCAUGAAAUCCAUGAAAGAAUGAAGGAAGUUUUAUGGAGCCCUGACAAAUUUGUUAGGGCUCCUGGGGGAUCUGCAGGUAAUGUUGCCAUUGCUCUUGCAAAUUUGGGCGGCAAGGUUGCUUUUAUGGGAAAACUUGCAGAUGAUGAUUAUGGUCGAGGAUUGCUGUAUUAUAUGAAUACAAAUAAAGUUCAAACACGAUCGGUUCGUAUUGAUAGUAAAAGAACAACAGGUGCGUCGGUGAUGAAGAUUGGUAAAAGGAAACUUAAAAUGAGUUGUGUGGAACCUUGUGCUGAAGAUUGUUUGACAAAGUCAGAGAUAAAUAUUGAUGUGUUGAAAGAGGCAAAAAUGUUCUACUUCAACACACAUUCCCUCCUUGAUCGUAACAUGAGAUCCACGACAUUGCAAGCUAUCAAGAUCGCGAAGCAUUUUGGAGCGGUUGUUUUCUAUGAUGUAAACCUUCCUAUGCCACUAUGGCACUCUCAGGAAGAAACUAAGACUUUCAUUCAGAAAGUGUGGAAUCUUGCAGACAUCAUUGAAGUCACUAAGCAAGAACUAGAGUUCUUAUGCGGGAUCACACCGACUGAAGAAUUUGACACCACAAACAAUGACAGGUCAAAGUUUGUCCAUUAUGAACCCGAAGUGGUUGCGCCACUAUGGCACGAAAGUCUUAAGGUUUUGUUCGUGACUAAUGGAACUUCCAAGGUACAUUACUACACUGCUGAGAUUGACGGCGCUGUUCAAGGGAUGGAGGAUCCCCCAAUUACCGCUUUCACUUGUGACAUGUCAGCAUCUGGAGACGGCAUUGUUGCAGGUAUCAUGCGAAAGUUGACGCUUGAACCGGAUUUGAUAACUGAUAAAAGAUACCUGGAGCAAAGCAUUAUGUAUGCAAUUAAUUCUGGGGUUAUAGAUCAAUGGAUACAGGGUCGAGCGCGCGGCUUUCCUCCAAAGGAAGGUAUGGAGGACGACAUCACUCCCGAUCAAUACGGCAUAAAGUCGAUUACAGAAAGAGAGUACCGGACAAUAUUAGAGUCAAUUAGUUGA